AGAACUAUAAGAAGGCUGGGCCGCUUAGCUGCAAUCAUCAAACAGUGCUAACAGCAAAGUCAAUAAAGUUCUUUCUAAUAUCUUCAAAGAAACAAUAUAAAAAUACAACAUGGGUUGCAAGGCUUGUGGAAACAACUGCCAGUGCUCGGCCACCAAGUGCGGCGAUAACUGCGCCUGCAGCCAGCAGUGCCAGUGCUCCUGCAAAAACGGACCCAAGGACAAGUGCUGCUCCACCAAAAACUAAACACAUAUUGACCCCAUUUUUAGCUCCUCCUGCUUUUUGUGAUAUACCACCUUCCCUCUUCGGCAUGAAAUCCAAAUAAAUCCAAACAAUCAACUCAA